AUGUUCAAUCAUAUGGGAUUGGUGCGAAGAUUUGGUCAUUCGUUUGGUUAUCAUAUGCAUGGACGGGAUUAUUCUUCGAGUGAUGAUGACUCUGAUUAUUACUCUGAUGAAACUCAACAGGAUAUAAAUCAAAAGGCAGAGGCUUGGCCAACAUAUACAUCAGAGGAAUUAUUACAACAUUUAAAGGAGAUGAGAAAUAGAGUGAUAAAUCAAGCCUCUUACCGAAAGGAGCCAUGUAAAACACUUGUACAAAAUUUAAUUGAAAUGUAUAAAACAGUAUCAAAUGGAAAGGAGUGGAGUUUUGGCUGUACUGAAGAUGAUACUUUUAAAAUUGAAUCAAGCGAUGAUGAAAUGAUUGUAAAUUACAAAAUAUGUAUGAUGGCUGCCGAGGCACUUCCGAAUGCUUUCCUAUUUGAAGAAAAUAACCAGAACACAGCAAGAGGAUUUUUAAAGCAUAUCUAUUGUUUGGAUUCUACAUUCGGAACAAACAUGUUAAAUUUCUUGAAUGUGGCAAUAGGUCAGACUGAACAGCCAAUAACACUUUAUACCACACAAUCAAUGAAAAUACCUGAUUGGAAGAUUUCACUCUUUGUGGCAACCAUCAAGAUUGCAGAAGCAGGUGUACCAAGUUUACAGGUCAAAUAUUUCUUAAAACAUUUCAAGUCUCUAAUAGUUACCUAUUAUAAUGCAUCUAACUGGGAAGGUAGUUAUAUUGAUAUGAAUGACAUGGAUUGCAUAUUAUUAGAUUUAAUUUACAAGUCAAAAGAUGAGGAUCAAAGAUCAAUGUGUAUAACAAGAUUAGGAAAGACUGCUUAUCAACAUAUAGACAAUCCAAAAAUACCUUCAAUUCGUGAGGCUUAUAAAUCAGCCAAAGAUUUACAUCCCUUCUUUACUCUCUAUCAGGAAGUUUCAUAUGAUAUCAAUGUUAUAGAAAAAGAAAGCAUCAAAAUAUUUCCAAAAGAGGAAAAGUACAAGAGAGUUAGAAAGAUAAUUUCUAUAAUGGAAAUAAUUGAUCAAAGAGGUGAUAAUAAUAUUGUUGAAAGCAUUUCAAGCUUCUUAACGAGACUAUUGAAAUAUUCUGAUGAAGAAUUAGUAAUAGAUUGUUUGAGAGCUCUUUCAUCACCGAGUAAUAAUCAAAGAAAUUUUUCUAGAUGUAAGAAUGUUGUUCAAGCUAUAUUGCCAUUGCUAGAAAGGGAAUCUUUAAUAGUAAGAGAGGAGGCAUAUAAUUGUGGUGCCAAACACUUGACAUUUGAUUAUGCAUACGACUCUCAGAUAAUGCACAAGAUUUUGAAAGCCUUUUCUCUCAAUCCAAUACCAAAAGUUAAUUAUCUGAAAAUAUUCACAGCAGCAUUUAAGUAUUGUUGUACAGAAAGUAUUUUUUCAGAAAAAGCUCUCGAGGUUAUUCAAAAAGUAGCUGAAUGUAUGAAAGAGCAGGACUAUUUUUUACAGGUUGCCGACAGUAUUCAGGCCUUGCUGAACAUACCUGCUCUGCCCUCUGUUUUUAGUGAGACACUUGUACGUCCACUUGAUGAGAUUGUUCGUGGAGCAAUAGAUUCUAAAUCUUUGGAAGUAGUGGAUAUUGUUCAAAAAUUGGUUGAGUCCUUGUUGAACACAGAGCUUACUAAGUUGGUUUUCAAAAAUUUAGGAAAUAUUGUCCAUAGAAACAAUCUACCUGAAACAAAAGAAUGCGAGGAUCGAUUGAAUGAAAUAUCAAAGCAUUUUCAAAUUCCAGAAAUGUUGGGUUUUUUAGUUGAGAAUGAUAGAGAGUUAUCACCAAUUGUAGUGAGCUUCUUUUUUGAUGUCAAAUUUUUUAAGGGUGUUCGUAUUCAUCCUGAAAUAGGAAAUGAAGAAGUUAUUGUUAAAUCUCUUGCCAAAUCCAAAUCUAAAGACGCUCAUAUCACGUUGGGACGUAUUUUGAACAAUUAUUUUCUUUCAACAGGUGUCGCGAUACUUCCUCAAUCAGAAAUUGACAGACUUAUUAAUGAAAAAUUAGAAUGUCCUCAAAUACAUGAAAUAGAGAAUCAAAGAUUCAUCUAUUCAGUUGCUCAUUUUGGAGAUUUUGGAAAGAUUUCCACUGGCAUGGGCCAGUUUGGCUGUCCCUGUGGAUUCCUCUAUGAAAAUGAUACCGAUGUAUUAUCUGAGCUUGUUUUAACAAAUUUUUUAAAUAUUUUAGAGCACAAUCUAGAUGUAAGACCAAAACAUUUGAAUGUUGAUGACAUUUUUGAUGCUAUAACAGAUUGCAUUUCAUUCAAUGAGUCGAGAAGCCUGUAUGUGACAUCCCUUUUGAAAAGGAUUACACAGCAAUUAGAAGUACAGGUUAACACAGACAGCAUGGAAGAAGACACAUCUGAUGAGGAUUAUAACUCUGAUGAUUCUGAUGAUCUUGAUAUGGGUUAUAUAUAUGGUAAUUACUAUGAUGAAGAUGAUGACGAUGAUGAUGAUUCUGAUGAUCACAUUUUUUAG